AUGACGUUUCAGGUGUUCGUUCGAGGUCUAGAUGGCGCCACCACUUUGCUUCGCACCGAUAGAGCCGUGAUUUCCGGUGCUGAUCUCAAGACCGCGUUGCGAAGUCGCCGCGCUCUUCCGCCGGUUUUAAGCGACAGAAGCGACGGCAGCUGCGACGCUUGCGAUGGAUGCGACGCGUUCCGCGUUGUCACUGGCACGCGGGAGAUCUCUGACUCGUCGCUCCUCUCUGCUGACGCGGCAGGAUUCUUCCCUUCGUGCCAUGUCAUCGUGAGGGUUCUCGGAGGGAAGGGUGGCUUCGGGUCGCUGCUGCGCGGCGCCGCCACCAAAGCCGGGCAGAAAAAGACUAGCAAUUUCGACGCGUGUCGCGAUAUGAGUGGUCGGCGACUCCGGCACGUCAACGCCGAGCGUAAACUGAAGGAUUGGCGGCACGAGGCGCGGGAACGACAACUGGAAAAGACGGCGCAGGACUAUUUGAAGCGACUCGCGAAGGAGAAGAAGAAGCGGCGCGAGGAGGUGGUCGAUCUGGGCGCGGUGCGCAAGGCCAGCCACGCCGCCAUGGCGAGAGUCGCUGAUGCGGUGAAGAGCGGUAUGGAGCGGCACGGUCUGGAUAAGGGGAAGCGGAAGCUGAGCGCGGAGGAGGAGGGGGAAGAGGAGGCGGAGCGGGCGCAGCAGGCGAAGCGAGGAAAACUACUAGGCAUGCUGGAGGAUAUUGAGGAGGGGGAGGACGACGAGGAGGAGGACGAGGAGGAAGGGGAAGAGGAGGUUGAGGAAGAGGAGGAGGAUGAAGAGGAGGAACAUGAGGAGGGAGAGGAGGGCACAGAAAGGGGAGGGGAGCAGGGGAGUGGGAGUGGUUCAAAGGAGGGGAGCGAGGGGAGUGGGGGUGCGGGCAGUGCGGGCAGUGCGGGCAGUGCGGGCAGUGCGGGCAGUGCGGGCAAGGCAGUGGCACCGCUGCACUCGUCCUCGUCUGACGAGGAGCGCGAUGAAGCUUGCCAUGCCAGUCGCUCGCCUUCUGCCCACUCCUCGUCUCUGGGUUUGGAGCGGCUGAAGCGGGAGCUGCAGCAGAGGGGGCUCAAGUGUGGCGGCACGCUGAGCGAACGAGCAGCGCGGCUCUUCCUGCUCGCCAGCACGCCUCUGGACCAGUUAGAUCCCAAACACCUGGCUGGAGCUGCUGGUGGUGGUAAAGGCCGCAAGGGCAAGGGCAAGCUGUGA